GGAGUCCUGUGGCGCUGCCCCUGCCACAGUCAGCCAUAUUGCGGCCAUCGGGGAAGGGCAGGCAGCGACGCCCACAGGGCUAGGGAGCCUCCGGGGUAGACGCGCGGAGCUGCGGCCGUCGCUUCGCUCAGUCGGGUAGGGAGGACGCGCCUACGGGGCUGCACAGAGGAAAGAAGGAACACUGUAGGCUGCUGCAUGACUAUUUCCUUUUGGACCAACAGAAAAACUUCUACAAUCCAAAAUGCCAAAGCCAGUGAACGUUCGCGUUACCACUAUGGAUGCAGAGCUGGAAUUUGCCAUCCAGCCUAAUACUACAGGCAAGCAGUUGUUUGACCAGGUGGUCAAGACUAUAGGCUUGCGUGAAGUGUGGUACUUUGGUCUUCAGUAUGUUGAUAAUAAAGGCUUUCCAACCUGGCUGAAGCUUGACAAAAAGGUCUCUGCUCAAGAUGUCAGGAAAGAGAAUCCCCUGCAGUUUAAAUUCCGUGCCAAGUUCUUCCCUGAGGAUGUGUCUGAGGAGCUAAUCCAGGACAUCACGCAAAAGCUGUUUUUCCUACAGGUCAAGGAGGGAAUCCUGAGUGAUGAGAUCUAUUGCCCACCUGAAACUGCAGUCCUCCUUGGGUCUUAUGCUGUGCAAGCCAAAUUUGGAGACUACAAUAAGGAAAUGCACAAGCCUGGAUACCUCAGUUCUGAGCGGAUGAUCCCCCAACGAGUAAUGGACCAGCACAAACUCUCUAGAGAACAGUGGGAAGACCGGAUCCAGGUCUGGCAUGCUGAACAUGGGGGAAUGCUCAAAGAGAAUGCCAUGCUAGAAUACCUGAAGAUUGCCCAGGACUUAGAGAUGUAUGGAAUCAACUAUUUUGAAAUCAAGAACAAAAAAGGGACAGAACUUUGGCUGGGGGUAGAUGCCCUUGGACUAAACAUUUAUGAGAAGGAUGACAAAUUGACCCCUAAGAUUGGCUUCCCUUGGAGUGAGAUCAGAAAUAUUUCUUUCAAUGAUAAGAAGUUUGUUAUAAAACCUAUUGACAAGAAAGCACCAGAUUUUGUGUUUUAUGCUCCUCGUCUGAGAAUUAACAAGAGGAUCUUGCAGCUGUGCAUGGGAAACCAUGAGUUGUACAUGCGUCGCAGAAAGCCUGACACCAUUGAGGUCCAGCAGAUGAAAGCUCAAGCCCGUGAAGAGAAGCACCAGAAACAACUGGAAAGGCAACAAUUAGAAAAUGAAAAGAAGAAGAGAGAGACAAUUGAAAAGGAAAAAGAGCAGAUGUUAAAGGAGAAAGAAGAGCUGAUAGUGAGACUGCAAGAAUAUGAACGGAAGACACAGAAAGCAGAACAAGAGCUGUCUGACCAAAUCCAAAAAGCCAUGAUGCUCGAGGAGGAAAGAAAAAGGGCUCAAGAGGAAUCAGAACGUCUAGAGAAUGAUCGUUUGGCUGCUCUGCAAGCUAAGGAAGAACUAGAGAGACAAGCUGCCGACCAAAUGAAGAGCCAGGAGCAGCUGGCUACAGAGCUUGCAGAAUACACAGCAAGGAUUGCACUUUUGGAAGAAGCAAGAAAGCGCAAGGAGGGUGAGGUGGAAGAAUGGCAGCACAGGGCUAAAGAAGCCCAAGAUGAUCUCGUAAAAACAAAAGAGGAGCUGCACUUGGUGAUGACUGCUCCACCUCCUCCUCCCCCACCAGUGUAUGAGCCAGUAAACUAUCAUGUCCAUGAUAAUCUACAAGAUGAAGGAAUGGAUUCAUUUGGCUACAGUGCAGAAUUCUCAAGUGAAGGCAUACUAGAUGAUCGCAAUGAAGAAAAGCGUAUUACAGAAGCUGAAAAGAAUGAGCGUGUUCAGAGGCAGCUGAAGACCCUGACUGAUGAACUUGCCCAAGCCAGAGAUGAGAACAAGAAGACCCAAAAUGACAUCAUCCAUACAGAGAACAUACGACAAGGACGUGACAAGUACAAGACGCUGAGACAGAUUCGACAAGGCAAUACCAAACAGAGGAUUGAUGAAUUUGAAGCCAUGUAAAAGCACCAAGAAGGCAAGAUGGCAAAUGCAGAUCUUGAAUACUGACUUUUCUGAUUGAAGGGUCACUGAACAGACACACCAAAUAAUAUCCCCACUCCCUCUCACUUGGAUGCUACCUGAACUUAGCAAUCAUCAACUUCAGUAAGUGCACAGGGGUUGCUGCCAGAGAAUAUCAGUCAAAUCUUGGAAACUUCACAUUUGGCCAUAUCCUAGUGCCAAAAGGCCUUUCUUUGUUGUCUAAUUUUAAGAUUUACAUGAAGUUAAGAACAGGAACUUCCACAGUGGCAGACACAUUAGGCUAAAAAAUUAGUAAUAAACCUACUGUUAGUGUGGUGUGCCAUGUUUCUUAUUGCUAAGCAUCACAACAAAUUAGACCGCACAUAGGGCUAUAAAAGCCAGCAUGUCUGCCAUGUAAUCCCCCUGCCCCAUUGCACAAAUGUCACAACAAAUGCAAAGAAUCUUCUUUUUCUAGUUCUAAGUCUAAGCGAAGUUAAAUUACCAUUUGAUCUGGAGACAUUUCCACAGUGACUACUCAUAUACUGUGUUACACUUGGAUACCCUCCUGUGUAAGAGGUAGGCAGGAAUAUUAUUGUCCUUCAGCCUGAUUGAAGUGUGGUACUCCAGCUUAACCAAUCAGCUGUAGUGUAGUAUUUAUAUACCUAUAUUAAAAUGUAAGUGCAAAUAUGAAUUAUAAUUCUAGUUUGAAAAGGGAGGAUGAAAGUUUUUGCUUUGUAUAUUUUGUUACCUCUUUCAGAUUUAAUAUUAAAAUAAUACGUUAGAAUUAGCUCCUAUUUGCUGCAAAGCAAUGUAGGGAACUGAUUACUAUCUAGAAGACAUUUGUAAAAGUGAUUUUUUUUACUUUAAAGAACAUUGUGAUACAUACCUAUGAUUCAGUAUAUACAAUUUCACUGUACCUAUUUUUUCUAACCAUUUUUGAAUUUUUAAAAAAUGAUAAUAGUUUCAGACUCCAACCAUGAAGGGACCUUCUGUCAUCUUGUUAUUCUCUAUUAAAGAGUGUUCUAUGGAUUUCUUCCACCACUUUUCCCAUAUUAGUCUUCAUCCCCCAAAACAAUUCCCCCUUAAGACUGGCAAUCUGAUAGAACACCAGAGUAAUGUAUCAGUUUGGUUCUACAUAAACUCAAAGUUUAAACCUUCAUGUUAAGUGUUAUGGGAUUUGUUUGCAAUUCACCAACCAAUAAAAAAAUCUUAAGGCAA